GAUCCUAUUACGCUAUUGUCCUUUCCGGUCGGUUCUCCACCUCGUGUUUUACGGUUCAGGGCCGGGAGCAAGUCAAAGUCCAAAGGCGCGGCCCAGUUCGAACACCAUCCGGUAGUAGGAGUGAACCGAUACUCUCCUGCACCGGUAGAAGUACUAGGGGCUUGGGCACUGCUACAAAGAAAGCCUUCGGUGAUCGAACCCGGGGGGUUAGAAGGAGUGGGGUUGAACUGGUGCUGUGGAAAAUAGGGAAUGAGGGUGAGAAUUCGCUAAGACUUUGUAAACAAAAGUAGUUGGAAAAAGCUGAUUGAAUUACCGGAAAUUCAAGUCCAAGCAACGAUCCUGUCCGCAAAAUUGAACCCAACAUGGCUGGUGCCUUGGGGGAACGGCAAGAAAUUCUAAGUUAGAGGAUUCCAAGAUAUUCGGUGGGCCAAGAUUUUAAGCGUGGAUCCGUGGAAACAAUGCAAUGGUGAAACGGUGAAAACGGAUAAUAGCUAAACGAAACGCCAAGAAUUCACAUCCGAAAACGAUCACCCAGACUAGGAGCGGGGAAGCUCGCUUUUUCUUCUGCUAACUUAACAUCAACUAACGGUAAAUACGGGAGCAUAUAUCAACCAUGAAGUCCUGUUGUCCUUCCCUGGACCACCACACAUGCCAAUGCUAUUUCU